CCCCCUCCGGUUGUUCGACUCUAGUACUCAGAGGACCUGCGCGAGCCUCCCAAGAGUGCCUCAACAGCCCCAACUGCUGUUACUUGGCCAACUGGACUCCCAAGACAACGGAGUAAUGUUCCUUCUUCUGAUCCUUCUCACGGGACUUGGCAGGCUGCACGCAGACACCAAGCCAAAUAAAAAAUAUCUGCAGAUGACACUUCCUGAGAAGAUUUCAUCCUCUGACACAAAAGGAGAUCCAGAAAAAAAUAUUGCUUAUACAAUUGAAAUAGAAGGAAAACCAUAUUUUGUCUAUCUCAAAAAACAAUCAUUUUUUUCUUCAGCUUCUGUUGUUUAUUCUUAUGACAAAGAUGACACCCAACAUUCUAAACCUUUGUUAGUUCAGAUGGAUUGCAAUUACCAUGGAUAUAUUGCAGGUUUUCCAAAUUCUCUUGUGUCACUCAACACUUGUUCGGGACUCAGGGGAACAAUGCAGUUCAAAAACAUCUCAUAUGGAAUUGAACCAAUGGAGGCUGUAUCAGGAUUCAUGCACAUGAUUUAUGAAGAAAAAAAAGAUAAAAUUAAAAUUCCUCUGUUAGGAGGAAAUGUCACUUACAGCCGUAAUGAUUUAAUGUAUGAUGUCAUAACAAGUAUAGAAAGAACUGAUUUUUCCAAGUUAUUCCUUCGUUAUCUUGAAAUGUACAUUAUUGUGGAUAAAAAAUUGUUUGAUUACAUGGGAUCUGAUAUAAAGAUUGUAACACAAAAGGUUGUUCAGAUAAUUGGCCUUGUGAACACAAUGCUUGCCAAGUUAAAAAUAAGCAUUUUAAUAUCUUCCAUAGAAAUUUGGUCAAAUAAAAACAAAAUUUCUACUACAGGAAAUCCAAAUCACAUAUUAUUUAGGUUUGUAGAAUGGAAAAGAAGCCACCUCUUUGGAUCUCAUCAGGUUGCAUACUUGUUGGCCUUUAAAGAAAACCCUAGUUUUAUAGGAUCCACAUUUCCUGGAGAAGUAUGUAAUAAGGAUUCUGCUGCAGGAGUUGCUGUGUAUCCAGAGGGCUUGUCUUUGGAAUCAUAUGCUGUCAGUAUUGUGCAGUUGCUUGGCCUUAAUUUGGGAUUAACUUAUGACAAUAAUGACACCACCUGCUAUUGUUCAGGAGAUAUUUGCAUAAUGUCACCAGAAGCACUGUAUUCUGGGGGUGUAAAAGAUUUUAGUACCUGUAACUUCGAUGACUUUUACUAUUUUGGUUCCCAUCGUGGCUUUGAAUGCCUGCAUAAAAUUCCUCCUAAUGUGCCCGUUUACAGAACUAUGAAUAGUAUAUGUGGCAAUGGAAUACUGGAAACAGGUGAACAGUGUGAUUGUGGCACUAUAGAGAAUUGUACACAUAAAUCCUGCUGUGAUGCUACAGUAUGUGCAUUGAAAAAUAAUGCAGAAUGUGGUUCUGGGGAAUGCUGCAACAAAGAUUGCAAGGUAAAACCAAUUGGUGUAAUGUGUAGGCAAUCAUUUGAUAAGGAAUGUGAUUUUGCUGAAUAUUGUAAUGGGAAAUCUUCAGUCUGUGUGCCUGACACUUAUGUACUCAACGGAAUUAGAUGUGAUUCGGGUGACUCCUUCUGUUAUGAGGGACGAUGUCGGAUAUUUAACAAACAAUGUAAAAGGUUAAUUGGAAGAGCUUCUAGAGGUGCUUCGUUUGCCUGUUUUGAAGAAAUAAAUUCAAGAGGUGAUAGAUAUGGAAACUGUGGCAGUCGUCCAUGCCGUUUUGAGAAUGUUCUAUGUGGAAAAUUAGCUUGUGUUUGGCCACACAAAACAUUGGUGUUCCGUGCAAAUUUAUCUGUGAUUUAUACACACGUACGUGAGGAUUUGUGUGUUUCUACAUUUCGAAUCUCAGAAAGUUUGCCGAGACCCACAAUUACCACCAUUGAGACACCUGAAGAGAGAGAUGAUACGUUUGUGGAAGAUGGCACUGUGUGUGGCCCUGAGAUGUUUUGUGUUAAAUUUAGAUGUGUAGAGGUUCAGUACCAACCCUAUUAUGAGGAAUGCACUACUUCUAUAACUUGCAGUAACCAUGGAAUUUGCAACAAUUUUAAACACUGCCAUUGUGAACAAGGGUAUGCUCCUCCUCUUUGUGAACAAAGUGCAGGUGGAUUCGGAAGUAUCGACGAUGGACAUUUUGUUUUAACUAGUAAAAAUUUAAUGGAGAAAAGAUAUAAAACUCUUCCAAAACACCGAUUUCUACUCAUUUUCUACAUUUUUCUACCUGUCCUUCUCAUUACUGUUGCUAUUUUAAUCAAGCGGAAUAAAUUAAGAAAAUUGUGCUACAGGAAGGAAACUGAAAGUGAGAGAUCUAUGUCAGAAGAAAGCAGCAGUGACAGCAAAUUAUCCUCCAGUGUAAGUAACAGUCUCUAACAAUCCUGGCCUAGACAGAGGAUAGUACCAAACAUAGCACCAGACUGACCUAAACCAAGAAGGAAAAAACAUAAUUUCUCCAUCAUCUCUGUAGUCACUGCUGAGGAUUGAAAUUAUGAAAUAAUAAAUCAUCUGUAUCUGAAUCA